GUAGGUAGGUACUAUACUAGGUGUAGGUACUACUUAUCUGGCCGGACGCUGGAGCGGCGAGCCACUGCCAAGGACGACAAUACCUACCUAAGGCACCAAGGCCCAGGGACCUGUACGACCUGUUCAAGUUGGCAGAUCAUGGCUCCGGAGCAAAGCUUUGACCCUCCCAAAAUUCUGGACUCUGCGGCGUCUCCCUGAACCCCUGUUCGCCGCCCCCGUUCCCCUCUCCCACAGGCAAUGGCGCCCUCCAAGCUUGCCCUCCCUGCCUCCGGGCUUGUGUUGCUCCUGUCCCUCCUGCUGUCGGUGUCCCUGGCGAGCGCCCAGACGAGCCUGUGCGACAAGUAUACCAAAGCACUCCUCACUGAUGUCACCCCUGAGAAUGAGUACCUCCUGCUCACGCUGCUUGUCAACCGCGCCUUCGGCGGCAACUUCACGGCCACUGCCGCGGGCAUCAACGUCCCCGGUAUCCUGGCCCCAGGGGUCGUCAAUGGAGAGGCGGUGAACCUGCUGCCCUACUUCAAUGGCCAGCUCAAAACCACCAACGAGGACAACCAACCCGCUUCUGUAAACUUCCUGGACGGGGGCGGCGUAGACGCCCUCAAGCAGAACCUCCCCGCUUUCGACAGGACCUCCAAUCAGUACUUCUUGCUGACGCAUUUGUAUCAGUUCUUUGGGGUCCUCCUGGGCUGCUCUCAGCAAUCUUCCACCAGGAGUGGCGCCUUCCCCGCCUACCGGGGCGAUGUCUCCAUGUACCAGGUCCACAAGUUCAUGGCGUUGGACAAUGCCCAGGUCAUGUACUUCAACGGAAUGGUUGGGACGGCGUUUGCGUCCUUUGGGGGAGCGCCGGAGGACGUUGCCGCUGUGGUAGCUGCCCUCAAUGGCCUCUUUGGGGUGGCCUGCGGGGAUUUCUACCCCAUUGCUCCCUAUGCCCCCCCCGCCCUCCAGUCUGUCUGCACGGUGGAGGGGUGCCCCCUCGCCAGCCCCCCAAGGUGUGACCUUUACGCCGACUUUGGGGCUGCAGUGAAUGAUGAAGGGACGGCCCCCUUGGCCCUGGCCGCGACGAGCCCCACAUCCUGCGAUGCUUCGGGCUCGACGCCCAACCUGUGCUACAAUGCAGCUGGCUCAGCAGCAAUCUGCUGUGCGUCUCAGUGCCCCGCUACUCCUGGCGACGUCCCCACAUGCGGUUUGGGGGGCGUGAAGAGCGCCGCCCCCUGUACCCCCUCCUCCGGCUUCCCCAACCAGUGCUUCAACAGCUUCGGCAGCGAGUCAAUCUGUUGCGCUGGCCCUUGCCCAUCGUCACCCGAUGCUGUCGCAAGGUGCGCUUAGAGCGUUUGGGUCCGUGCGGCGUUGAGAGCCGGGAAAUGCUGGGGCUUCAGUGUCGGAUGACUUUGAAUGAAUAAAACAGCAAGAAACCACUCCAGAAAGUGCUAGAGUUGCUGCAAUUGCCAGUCAGCAGCCAAUUGACUGCCCAAUUGGUACUAGGUCCAGCGAAGAGUGAAGCAUUUGUCAAAGGUCCAGGUCAACAUUGAGUGCUAUUUAUUUGAGGACGUGUUUGGCGCAGUCCACAAUCCUUGCAUUGGACAUCAAAUGGUUUUCAUUCAGGUUCGAGGAGUCGGCUGUUGUACUUCGUUGCACGUUAGGAGGUGGUCAGUGGUUUAGCGGCUCAAUCAUCGUACUUCUAUUGCUCGUAGCAUGAAUACGAACUCUAGGGGCCCUCUAUUUGUGAAUCUCGAAUGGUCAGAAUGAAUGGAGAAUCUUGUCAUCAGCAGACCUAUCCACUGUUUUCAAAGACUGUGCACGCUUAGUUGAAACCAGAUCUUCCAAGUGUUGUCUAUCGAGUCGCACUUUGUGGCCGGUGUAGUUCGCAUCCUCUGUGGAGCUGAACAAGCCGUUGGAUCGAGG